UGCAGGUUCCUGCAGAGCCUCGGCACCGUCUUCUCCUUCAUCUCCAAGGACGCAGUGGCCAAAAUACAGAUCAUGGAGAACUACUGCUGCGGCGAGCAGCGGGAGAACUACACGUCGCUGCAAUCCAUGGUGGAGUACGAGCUGACCAACGGGCUGGUGGACAUCCACAAGCGGUCGGAGCAUCCCGACUCCGGCUGCCGCACUGUCGCGCUGCGGUGGCUGCAGCUCUUCCUGGAGGGGCUGAGGACUGGCCGGGAGGACUCCAGAACCUCUGUCAUCUGCACAGACUCCUACAACGCUUCCCUGGCCGCCUACCACCCCUGGGUGAUUCGCAAAGCCGCCACGGUGGCUUUCUGCGCGCUGCCAUCCCGCAACGCCUUCCUGGAGAUCAUGAACGUGGGGACGCCCGAGGAGGCCAUCGCUGUGCUGGGCGAGGCCUUGCCCUACAUCUGCGAGGUCUACGGCAUCACCCAGGAGCUCUUUGCCCAGCAUCAGCUCCUCGACCUUCCUUGA